AUGCCGCCAAACGAUUCGACAAUUCAAGACCAAGAAUGUGAGUCCACUGUAGUGGUUGUUGGUCUUGGAAUGGUGGGAUUAUAUUUUAUAGAAAAAUUACUCAAUUACGACAUAACAAGAAAAUUCAGAAUUGAAACUUUUUGUGAAGAAACUAGAGUGGCCUAUAACAGAGUCGGAUUGACUCAAUAUUUCACACAUCGUUCAGAAGAGAGGUUGCUCAUGCAACCCCCAUCAUGGUAUAAAGAUCAAGGUAUAACGAUUCACAUGGGUGAUAAGGCCACCCACAUUGAUCGAGCCAAAAAAGUUGUUCACUCCUCCAAAGGUUUGGCUAUUUCAUACGACAUUUGCGUUAUCGCCACCGGCUCUUACGCGUGGUUACCCCCGUUACCAAACGUCGAUAAGCCUGGUGUAUUCGUGUAUCGUACUUUAGAUGAUUUGGAUAAUAUCAUCGAGUAUGGUAAAACCGCUAAACAUUCGGCCGUGAUCGGCGGUGGAUUACUCGGUCUUGAAGCUGCAAAAGCGUUACACGACUUAAACCUGGAAGUAACCAUCAUAGAACGAAAUCCUUUAUUAAUGCCAAGACAAUUGGAUCUACCGGGUGGAGAGAUUCUACUCAAAGAGAUUAGUAAAUUAGGAAUUAAAAAUUCGUUGAAUUUACCACCAAAAGAAAUAUUAAUCGGGGAGAACGGAAAGACGAAAGGAAUACUGUUCAAUGAUGGUUCCACAAUGGAUUUGGACAUGGUAGUCGUUGCUGCGGGAAUUAGGCCACGUGACGAUAUUGCAAAAGCUUCCGGAAUAACAACUCAUCCAAAAGGUGGAAUUAUCGUGGAUGACAAGCUGCAAACAAAUGACCCCAAUAUUUAUGCAAUUGGUGAGGUCGCGUUACAUGCCGGAGUCGUUUACGGUCUUGUCGCUCCCGGUUACGAUAUGGCCGAUGUUUUAGCAUCGAAUUUGGCUUUGAAGAGUUCAGACAGAAAGUUCAUGGGGGGAGAUUUGUCUUGUAAACUCAAACUUCUUGGGGUUCACGUCGCGAGCUUUGGUGACUACUUUUGCAGCGAAGAUGUAUCGAUGCCUUUGGUGUACAGGGAUCCGUUCGGUUCGAUCUACAAGAAGUAUAUAUUCUCUAUGGAUGGAAAACACCUUCUAGGUGGAAUUAUGGUCGGUGACACAGAUGAUUAUACCAAGCUUCAUGCUCUUUGCAAGUCAAAGAAACCUUUGACAAUGGCUCCUGGAGAACUUAUCCUUGGUGUGAAAUCUGGUCAAGCACCUGGAGCGGAUGACCUACCUGACGAAGCUCAAAUCUGUUCCUGCAAUAAUGUGUUGAAAGGUCAGGUGCGAAAUGCCGUCAGAAGUAAAAAUUGUCGUUCUAUUGGUGAGGUCAAAUCUUGUACGAAGGCUGGCACAGGUUGUGGUGGAUGCAUUCCGCUGGUGACAGAGAUUAUGCAGGCCGAGUUGAAAUCCAUGGGACAAAAGGUGACUCAAAGUUUAUGUCCGCAUUUUGAAAUGACUCGUGUCGAACUCUUCCAAGUCAUCAAAAUCAAAAAAUUGACAAACUUCAAAGACAUUGUCAAUACUGUUGGCAAAAAAGGAUCAAACGGAUGUGAGGUCUGCAAACCAGCGGUAGCCUCAAUUCUAGCCAGUUUAUGGAAUGAACCUAUUCUCAAUCAUGCCAACCUCCAAGAUACAAAUGACCGUUACCUAGCAAACAUUCAGCGCGGUGGUUCAUACUCCGUCGUGCCUCGUGUACCAGGUGGUGAGAUAACACCGGAAAAAUUGAUUGUGCUAGGUCAAGUGGCCAAGAAAUAUGGAAUGUAUACCAAGAUCACGGGCGGUCAAAGAGUUGACCUUUUUGGAGCAAAAAAAUACGACCUCCCCGACAUCUGGGAAGAACUUAUUCAAGCUGGAUUUGAGUCGGGUCACGCUUACGGUAAAGCGUUGAGGACAGUGAAGUCUUGUGUGGGUUCCACUUGGUGUCGAUACGGAAUUGGUGAUUCGGUGGGAUUUGCUAUUCAACUUGAGAACCGCUAUCGGGGUAUCAGAUCACCGCAUAAACUUAAAGGUGGCGUGUCGGGGUGCAUUAGGGAAUGCGCUGAAGCGCAAGGAAAGGAUUUCGGACUAAUCGCCACUGACAAAGGCUAUAACAUUUACGUCUGUGGGAAUGGGGGGUCGAAACCCAAACAUGCAGUCUUAUUAGCAAAAGAUGUUCCCGAAGAGUUGUGUAUCAAAUAUCUGGACCGAUUUUUAAUGUAUUAUAUUCAUACUGCGGACAGAUUAACGCGUACAGCAAGAUGGCUCGAGAAAUUGGAAGGUGGAAUCGAUUAUCUUCGCUCAGUUGUUAUUGACGACAAGCUUGGAAUAUGUAAAGAUUUAGAGGAAGAUAUGUCACGGCUAAUUAACACGUAUCAUGACGAAUGGGCAGAAGUUGUCAAGGACCCUGCUCGACGCGAUCAAUUUAAGCAGUUCCUUAAUACGCCAGAGACGCAACUCGAAAUUGAAGACAUAGAGGAACGCAGCCAACACCGUCCUGCCGAUUGGCCUAAAGAGUUUCCACCAGUACCUCAAGAACCAGCGAUCACGGACCUAGAACAAAAAUCAUGGGUUAAGGUUGCGCCGGUGGAAUCGUUUCCUGAGGACGGCGGUCAAGUUAUUAAAUACGGAGAUACGCAAAUCGCAAUUUUUAAUACCAACGAACGAAAAAAUUGGUAUGCCACACAAAAUAUGUGUCCACACAAGAGAGC